AUGGCUUCCCCUCCAGAGAUCACCCUCCAGAACCUCAACGGCGUGUUCGUCCUGAACAAAAGCCUGUCCACCGACACCGACGCCAUCCUGGCUCUUCAAGGCAUCGGCUGGCUCAUGCGCAAAGCCAUCAGCGUAGCCACCGUCACGCUCGCCAUCAGCGAAACCGUCCAGCCCAACAGCGACGAUCCAGCCAAUGCCCCCGUCACCAAGAUCGUCGUCAACCAGACCGCCACGGGCAACAUCAAGUCUACCGAAAGUCGCACUGCGGAUUGGCGUGUGCGGCCUCACACGGACCGCAUCUUUGGAUCUAUCAAUGGCCAGAGUCGGUUGAUUCGGGCCUCCAAGCCUGAUGCUGGUGAUGGUAAAGUGCGCCCUAGUGUGGACGUGCAGACUACCCCAAAGGAGGAGAAGAUUGUGAAGUUCCUCAAAGGCGAAGUCGAUCUAGAGGGUAACCCGGAUGAUGGCUUUAUUGUCGAUGAGAUUGAGGACAAGGAUGGGGUAUCGUACGGUGAAGGUGAGGGAUUGUGGUUGCAGAAUUGGGUGAAGAGUGAGGCUGGAUGGACCGCUGAACAGAUCUGGGGCUUUGAAACUAUCAACGGUCAACGCUGGCACACGCGUCGUCUCGUUGUCACCGACAAAUCUGGAAAAUGGUUGAUUGGCCGUCUGGUCUACGACUAUCAGGGACCAAACGAGCAGUGA